CCUGCACGCCCGUCAAACUCUGGUGCCUGCACUGCGCGACAAGGAAGCUCGGAAAUCCUUGGUCGAUGGUCUCGCCCUGAUAAAAGAGAUCCGCGCCCAGUCUAUCAGAAGGAAAAAUCCCCCCGCCCCAUAUCGAAAACGAAAUUUGUGAUGCUGUAUUUGAGUACACAAAUCAGAUUUGUCUUGCAGUAGAGGACUGCAGGCAUAUGUCAAGCCUCGGUCGAGAGGUUUUGACGUAGGCGCCUAGCAUGACAAACGUGUAUGCUCUAAGCCCAACAGCAUCACAAACCGCCUGCAAAAUGCAGGGGGCUCUCUGGACUUGCCUUCUUGCAAGACAAACAAGAUUUGAGGUCACAAAUGUGCAUCACAAAUUUUCAGACGGAUGCGAUUUCACUAUGGGGAGGGGAGAUUUUUCUUUACGAUACAGUCGCCGCCGGGACGAAGGAAGAACAGACAGCAGAGAGAGGGUCCGCGUCGAAACACGUUCUCCUUCUUUCGACGAUCGUGGCGUAAGUGGUCUCUUUCUGCGGUACCAAGAUGAAAAAUCCCCCAACAUCCCCAUUUUCCAAUGGAAAUCUGUGAAGAUGCACGAUUUAUUCCGUACACAAAUCAGCUUUGUCUUGUAGCAGUGGCAGUACACGACCUUUUCACGGGGGCGGGGGAAUUUUUCUGUGCAAUAUGCGGCACAAAAGAAGACGAAAAUUGGCUCACCGAGUUUCCAUACUCGCGGUCAUUUCGAUGAAAGUAGUCAAACCCACAGCAGUGACAGUGCGGUGGGCACACCUCAUUCGCGGUCAAACGAAUCUGAAGUCUCUAAUACCACGUCGGAGGACGAAGCAACGGGGAGCGCAGUGCAGGGUGGCGCCGCAGGGCCAGGCGGUGUGUCGAAUGCAG